GGAUCGGUUUUAUUUUUCCCUGCGUUGUUCGGCCGGAACAGCGGUUUCCGUUGGAUGUGAAAACUAAGCCACCCCUGUUCAUUGGACCGGCCACCUUCUUCUUCCUUACUUGUCGUAUUUUUCGCAGAACAAGUCCAUGGCGAUGGUCAGUUCGGCCCUCGGUCCCGAUGCUUCAAAAUCUCGGAAGCGUAGUUCUUCGCGUUCCUAUAAAGAAUCGAAAUCUAGUCGAUAUGAACGCAAACUGAAGAAAAUAAAACUUAAAGUUCGUUCCGAAAUCGACUUGUUUGACUGGCAGAAAUGGCGGUUUCAUGAACGUGAUUAUUGGAUUAGUCCGUUUGUCGAUGUGGUCCCCCGCAUCGAUUACCGAAAGAUGUCCAAGUCCGAAUUUAUCGAUAAAUAUGAAGCCAAGAAUGUGCCCGUGGUUAUUACACAUGCCACCGAUCACUGGAAGGCAGCGAAUUGGUCUGAAGAGUACCUUUUGGAACAGUAUGGAUCGCAUCUAUUCAAAGUGGGCGAGGAUGAUGAUGAGAAUAAUGUGUACAUGAAAAUGAAACAUUUUCUGCACUAUUGCAAGCAUGAAGGCAAGCGGGACGAUUCGCCUCUGUAUAUUUUCGACAGCGGAUUCUACAAAGAUCGCCGAAAGCGAGCUCAAACAAGCUCGUCCAAUGAUGAAGACGAUGAUAAUUUAGCGAGAAAAAAGCAGAAAGCCGACUCUAAUACGAAAUCGACCAGCGGCGGUAACGGCUUAAUGAAUGAAUACCAAGUCCCGAGUUAUUUCGCAGACGAUCUCUUUCGAUGGACAGGAGAACGACGUCGUCCACCGUACCGCUGGUUGGUCAUGGGAGGCGCUCGAAGCGGAACAGGUAUCCACACAGAUCCUCUGGGGACCUCGGCAUGGAAUGCUUUAUUAAAAGGACAUAAGCGGUGGUGUUUGUUUCCUCCGGGCACACCCAAGCACAUCAUUGAUCCGCCCAUGAAACCGUAUGAUCAUGAAGGCGUUUCAUGGUUUACCAAAGUCUUUCCCAAAUUUCAAGUGCGAGAUGAUUUGACGGACAACCGAACAUUGGGCGAGAAACUGGGAAUGGUCGAGGUAUUACAGCGACCCGGGGAAACCAUCUUUGUGCCUGGUGGUUGGGCACAUGUGGUCAUCAAUCUGGAUAUGACCAUUGCUGUCACUCAAAACUUUUGCUCCCUCACGAACGCCGAGUAUGUGUAUCUGUGCACGCGCCACAGUCGACCGAAACUGGGUGCCAAGCUUUUCAAUAAGAUCCAGAAGUUGGGUGAAUUGUAUCCAAAGGAGUUUGGAGAUACCGCUGCCAAACUUCGUACCCUUAUCUGUGUCCCACAAAUUCCACCCAGCAGUAGCGGGUCUUCCAGCUCCAGCUCGUCUUCCUCGUCUUUCACUUCGUCCUCGGAUAUGGAUUUGUCACUCGCGGUCCCGGCUCGACCCAAGAAACUCGUUGUGAGUUCCACCGAAUCAGAAACCGAUCUCAGUGAUGGCACUUGUAUGUGCCAUAAAUGCAAACGCAGAAGAAAAAAACAGGAGCGAAAACGCAUGCUGAAAAACGGGCUAGUCUGAAAAAGAAAAAUUCUACGACCCACAAGACCGUACGACAGAUUGUUGCUAAUGACAUUCAGCUUAAUUCCUCAUCUUCUUCUUUUCCCCGCCCCUCCCCCCAAGUCUCCACCUCCCAUUUGUUUAGUCUAGAUUGCAUAUAUUAUCCAUUUCAUGUAAAAGUACUUUUAUAUUGCUCAUGCAAUCCUUGAUAGAGUUCCACAUCUGUAAAGAAAUCAAUGCAAAUUAAUCAUCAAGAUACAGUUUUUUAUAUUCCUUCCUUCUCGCUUUUUUCCUCCUCCCCAAAAACCAUGCGUCCCCCUUGAAAACAAACCUCGAUUCCCCGUUGUAUGCAGGGUGACAACCUAACCCGCCGCAAUAUCUCGAAUUCAAUGUUCCUUAAAAAAAUAAAAAGAAACAAAGAAGAAUAAAGUGCGC